GCAGAAGAGAUGUGUAGUGUAUUAAAGUAUUACAUAACAGUAUAAUCAUGUACGGUAUGCUUGUUAGAGAUGGAGAACUUCCCCACCAGGGUCUCUCAAGUGAGCACAGAGGCCAUCUGGAAGCACUCUUGCCCUCAGUCUUAACUACUAUACUUUAACUAUCCCCCAGUUGCUGUGUCCUUCCUUCUUGUACCAGCUACAGCAUUUCAUAAUGCUAAUUAAACUACUUGUUAUACUAUCUUUCAAGCACAGUCUGAAUCAUAUUCAGACAGAUAUGCUGUCUGAAUAUGCCCGAAACGCUGCGCGUACUAGUGGCUUUACAAGACUGUAAUUGCCAUAUUAUGUAUCCCAACAUUCCCAAUGUACCUUCUUGUAUAUGCAUAAAUAAAUAAAUAAAUAAAAAGAUAAAAUAAGAGAGAUUAGCAGAAGAGCCCUGGUGGGGGAGUAUGGUGUAUGGAGCUCAUUAGAAUCCUUUGGGAUUUAAACAUAUUAAUGAAUUUAGGUACUGUAUUACCAGUGCAUUUUUUUUAUGUAUUGGAUUAGGCAAUUACUGUAUUUCAAAUUUGGCUGGUUGUGGUUAUACUGUAGCUUAAUUAUGAAGUUAAAUAUGUUAUGUUUUACUUGGAACUUAACCCAGAUAUCCCAACUUUGUCUGCAAAUGUUUUCUUGUGAUACUGUGAUACUAUAAUAUUAGUUUUAAUGAUGUGCUGUACAAUAUAUCUAGUGGAUUUAAUUUUUUAAAUGUUUCUUCAAUUUUGUUCAUUUUACAUCGUGAUCAUUAUUUACAUUUUAAUGAUAAAACUUUCUUAAUACUGUACAAUGUUUUGUUUAAUAGUUUCAUAUUUCUUUGCAGUACAGUACUCUACUGUACUUAUCCAGAGCAAAUGCCGUUAUUUAGAUACUGUACUGUAUUAUAAAUUUGUCAUUAUGGUUUUUGGAGUUUAUCUAAAACUUUACUGUGAGCUUUUUUUGCACCACUCGCCUAUAUGUGCUUGCAUGGCAAGCAUCAGCUCUUGGUCCUCUCCUUUCAUACUGCCAUUCACCCUUUUCAAUGGCUCUUGAUCCUCCUGCUUUUUAUAAUAUCCACUGUACUCAAAUCUGUGAAUGGCAUUAGCUUCAUCCACCUUCCAUUCUAGCUCAUUCCACAUGCUCACAACUUACACAGCUGAAACCAUGUCCAAUGCUGAUGAUAAGAAUGAAAGGAGUUCCAUCCACGAGUCUCCAACCAGUGCAAGAGGGCCAUCUAUAAAUUCUGAAGAGACAGUGUUGACGCCAGACUUAUCACCCGUGGAAAAAAAUGGGGUUUCUGUUGCGUCCCAAUCCCCGCCCCUACAACAACUAACAACUUUGGCCAAGGAGUUGAUGCAGUCUGGCCUCCCCUGUCAUGAAUUCAAAGAAACAGAGGAGGAAGGCUGGCUACAGAAACUGUACAACAUAAUUAAUCAACAAUCGCAAGCAAUUGAAGGACUCCAAGACACUACCACUCAACAGCAACAAACGAUUGAGCACCUGUGUGAAUCCAUGAGCAAAAAACAAGAAGAAAUUGAUUAUCUUCAACUUGAAGCAAGGGAUCUCAAAGAAAAACUGAGUAAACUUGCUGUUGAAGACACCCUAAGCAUACAAAAUGGAAUUCUUAACAGGCUAGAAAAUCAAAUAAAUGCACUUCAAGUCCACCAAACAGCAUCCCAAGAUGAGAGUGAGCAACUGAAACUCUUGGAUUCUGUCAUCGUUAGCUCACCAAAACUAUCUGAAGAACACACAGGCACUCUAGAUAAUAUGACGACUAUAGGACGAGGAAGAGGAAGAGGAUGUAUUAAGAAGGAUGGGGAUAUUCUUCGCCAACCAGGCGCAUGCAAUGAAAACAAAGAAAAGGCAACGACCGGAGUGGCACUUCUAGUGGAUCGUAUCAUAGACAUCAAAUAUCCAGAUGACUUACAAGUUCAAGAAGUAGCCUCAACAGUCAAAACUGAAGUUAAUAAGGAAGUAGAUUUAAGGUGGUUUGUAGACAAGCUGUGCAGCUAUGGGUACACAGACCGUACACUUACUUCUGUUGUUACUAAACUGUUUGGUUUAAUUGCUCAUCAUCAAGCUGGUGAUUGUAAAAUACGUAGUUUGCUGAUGAGAAAGGUACAGGAGGAAUAUAAUAAAAGACUUGCUCUGGUUGUCGAGGACCGUGACCGCUUUAUAACAUCCGCAUUGUUUCUUGGGGAAAUUUAUCAUAAUGUUAAGACUGAGAUGAAUACUACAUAUAAUAUCUUGGCUGUGCCUGUUGUCACUUACCUGGAGAUGAUUAUAGAGCCGCAUCUUGCAGACACUGCACAUGAAAAUGUUAAUGACGACAUGAUUGUCGUAUCAAAACUGUUGUUACAAAGUGGCAGUGCUCUUCACGAGAGCAAACCAGCCGAGAUAUUAGCUAUAGUGCUGACAGUAACAGAGGUUUUGUGCCGGUGUCAGCUUACGACACAGACACGUCUGAACCUUUUAGCCGCCCUUGCUGAAUUGUGGCCUUGUUUGUCUAAGAAUGGUAAUAUCAAUAUACAAACAGAGCAUGCUUCCCUAGCUGCCAAGCUUGGACUCUCUCUACCCAUCUAGGAUGUUCAGAGGUUUACGUAAAUUUACAUCUAAACGGUUACUGUAUUACAGGUACAGUACUAUGUACUGUAUUCUUCCCAUUUACUUGUUUUAGGAGUGCUUGUUAUGCAAAAACAUAGAUAUUAUCAAAAUUAAUUUAGUUUCAUGAUGUCAUUGUUAUAAAUAUUCAAAAUGUCAUUAUUGUUUGUUAUUCAUAUUUGUAUGGAUUUUGUUGAAUAAAUAUAUUGUUUAGCCCAAUGCCCUCAAUAUGAUAGACAUUGAUUUCUCAGUACAGUAUUUUUUUUUUUUUUUUUUAUUUUAACACUAAGGACUUUCGUGAUCGAGAAUGUGUUUUCAUGUGCAGGUUUACUGUAGAAGUGUUGUGAUUAUCAAUUUAUUCAUCAGAUUACGCAAAUUUUUUGAAGGAAAAAGUACUGUACAGGGCCUCUGCUCUACCAGUGACUGCUCAACUGCGACGGGAAUAUAUUUUAAUUUUAGCGUCCUCACUGAUGGAGUUUAGUUUUAGUCAGUUAAGUAAAGCUGUUCUUCCUGGUGAUGUGGCGAGUUAUUUAGUUAGCAGUUUCGAUCUUUGUAUUUCUUCUUCAGAGAAUUUUCGUAAUUAGUUCAUUUCUGUUUGAUAAAGCAACCUUUUUCCUCCAUACCUCUGAUUAUUCCGCACAUUUGAUGGUGCUAUAUAGCCUUCCCGGUUUGGUGCCUUCUUUUGAUAAUUACUUACUUUUUCCUUCAUAAUAUAUAUUUAAAGUGAAAACAAGUUCAGUUUAGAGAAGGAUGACAAAGAUGAUAUUGUAUCAGAAAGUAGAAACCUUGUCUUUGAAAAGAUUAAAAACUACUGUACAGUAUUUACAUUCUCAAGAAGCACAAGGAGUAAGAAGUGGCAGUAUUAAAGUAUACAAAUGAAAGGGUAUAAGAAAGCUGAUAUGAAUAAGGAUUAAGUUCUUAACACAAAAUAGAAUACAAAGCAAUGGAUAUAAAUUGGAUUAGUUUAAAGUUGGGAAAUAUCAGGGUAAAGACAGGUUUGGAAACAGGUGUGCUCAUAGUUGGAACAAGAUACCUGGUAACAUAAUAAAUGAGUGAUUAAUGAAUUAUUUUAAGCUUGGAUUAGACAUGAAUAAGUUUGGGCGAGAGAUAAAUAGGAGCUUCACCGUACAUUAUCUUGCCAGCUUGGUGCCUUGUUUUGAUAAUUACUUACUUACUUUUUUAGUAAAUAUUUCACAUGUAUCUAUUACCAUAGAGAAUUCAUUGGUAGGUUUUUAGACAUGUUUGCAUAUAAGGAUAUCGGGUUUUUCCUAAGUAGCGACCUCAUAAGAACAUUAGGAUAAUGGGAACUGCAGAAGACCUAUUGACCCACGUGAGGCUGCUCUUAUUUAUAUCCACUCAAACUCAUUCAUAUAUACUGUAUGUCUAACUUUUUCUUGAAACAAUAUUAAAAUAUUGGGUCUAUUAAUGGUAUCCGGGAGUUUGUUUUAGACAUCAACAACUCUGUUCCCUAGCCAUUAUUUAAACAGAUCUUUUCUGAACAUAAAUGUAUCCAAUUUGUAUCCAUUAUUUCUAGUUCUUUUUGUGUUGAUAUAUUUAACUCAUUAUUAAUAUCCCUCUUGUUAUAGUCUUUUGUAUACAGUACUUCAUGUUAUUUAUAAUAAUAAAUUCAAACAGUACUUGAGGCUGCUCAAGCAUAAGUCAUUAUUUGCAACUUGUGUUAACUGAAUAUGAUAAUCAUUUUGACCAGACCACACACUAGAAGUUGAAGGAACGACGACGUUUCGGUCCGUCCUGGACCAUUCUCAAGUCGAUUGUGAAUGGUCCAGGACGGACCGAAACGUCGUCGUCCCUUCACCUUCUAGUGUGUGGUCUGGUCAACAUACUUCAGCCACGUUAUUGUGACUCAUCUCCUGCAUGAUAAUCAUUGUUAUGGGGUAGGACGGUUGCCUGGAGGCUUAUCCAGGUCUCCCUAACUUAGGGCAAGGUGAUCCACGUGGUCACUCAUCCAUUGCUGGCCUUAACGGAACUUACUAAGUGACACAUACAUCAUCCACUGCAUCACACUUUACAGGCUAUGUAAAGGCAUAAGACUUUGCCAUCAGGGUUAUAUGUAAAUGUUAGUAAUUAUUUUAUAUAAAUGUUUAUAAAACUUAAAUUAUUGUACAUGUUGUACUGUAAAGGAUGUCUGGAAUACUCAGAUCUAUGCUCCUAAGGAUUCAUUUUUGUAUAUUGGUAUAUUUAUGUCAUAUCCAUUUCUGCUCUUGAUCAUUGCUGUUCAUCAUUACUAGUCUUAAUCCUGACCAAAUUUUCAUAGUUAUAUCAUUUGUUUAACGUGUGUGCACUCGAUAUGAUUUUUGACAGUAGCCGUUUGCUUAAUUUCUUGUAUGACUUUUUUUCUAUUAUACUUUAAAGAUGUUUUGUUAUGACACAUUUGUUAGUUGCUUAUUCUUCUAGUAUGAGGUUGAUGCAGUCAUGCACCUGGCAGUGUGUCUAGAGGACUGCGGCUCAUCAGCUCCUAUGGGUGAGCCGCACUGCCCCCCCCCCCUUCCUCUCCCUAUCUCUGUCCGCCUGUGUAUGUGUGUAGUGUUGACCAGACCACACACUAGAAGUUGAAGG